CAGAUGAGAAGCUCUCAGUAGACAGUGUGCCGCAGAUGCCCAGCUCUGAUGUACUGGACACAAUGAAGCGCCUGGGCUCCAACUCUGAGGAUCGUUCGCGCCUUACUGCUGCCCUCUCCUGUCUAAAAAGUCCCACAGAAACAGGUGAACCAAGAAACGGAUUGCUUACACUGUAUUGAAAGUCCUGCACACCAACUGUGUUACAUCAUACUGUGUGUCAUGCCCAUGUCAAGUGAUGAAUCUGCAGACAGGAAAUACAAAAUUGCUGGCCUCACAUUACCCUAACGGCCAAAGAUGAAAUCGAGAGCCAGUUAAUCUGGAAGCCAGUUGAAGCGUAAUACUGGCUGGAAAGAGAAUGGGAACCGAGAUUUUGCAGCCAACACAACCACAAGUCCAACGAUUGACGACCACGUUCAAAUGUUUGGUUUCUGUAUGAGCCCUUGCUCCACUCCUGUGGAAGAAACCCCGUGAACAAACACGUGCGAGACAUGCAGUGUAUGUUUCCAUCAGUGGUCAGUGAAAUGGAAGUCUGUCAUUGAUGACUGAGAAGGUCCGCCAGGAUUCGCCCGGUUUGUGAUGAUUCGGUGACGGAAAAGCUACUUCCGUCAGUUUUUUAAAAAAUUUCCCGCCAUUCAUCAUUCAUGAGCACCAUGACUAAUGUGUUUGACAUCACUUUUAUGUUUAUGGUCCAUUAUUGCCUUAAUUGAGUACACAUGGUAUACAAAAUGGAUGGUCAGAUCUAUUACAAUGAUGCAGAAAUAUUAAAUGUGAUUGUAACUUUGUUUUGGCACUAUAUGGACUGUACUAACAUGUUUGUGUCUAAUUCUGACUGAUAAGUUGGAGAUAUGAGGCCUGAUUCCCAACGGCGCAUUCAUUCCACCAACCAACAGUCCACAGUUAGGCACAGCCGAUCCAUCUCCAUAUCCGUGGUUCCGUGUUCGGGUGACAACCAACCUUACAUACCUACUGAGGAAAUGGUUGACACCUUUUCAUUGGCGCCAAGCACUCCCUCCAGAAUCCCAGCUUCAAAGAUACAAACCGCCAAAACAGUUCAUACUCCACCACCGCCUUCUCGAAAGCUUCUGCAACUCCUGCCCAUCUCCAUCGGACCAACGCGAAGCAAAAGUCAAGACUCGCAAGCGGAGUCUGCAAACCACAGGGCCAACAAGAAAAACAAGGUGCUGGCUUCUAUGCACUUUAAUGGAAACAGUUUUGAAGAUUCAAACCUGCGUUCACCCCUGCUGUCUGCCCGCACACACAACCCCGUCCCUGCCUCUGCCCCGUACACGAUGACAGCCGCCCCGACAUCCCUGGACAACAUCGCUGUACACAGGAGUUCACCUCAGACAGUGAGGCGAGAUAUCGGUUUGGCUGUUACCCACAGAUUUUCAACAAAAUCAUGGCUCUCUCAGAUAUGCCAAGUGUGUGGCAAGAACAUGAUCUUUGGUGUGAAGUGUAAACAUUGCAAAUUAAAGUGUCACAACAAAUGCACCAAAGAUGCUCCCUCUUGUCGGAUAUCAUUUCUCACAUUGCCAAAGAUGCGAAGGGCAGAAUCAGUGCCGUCUGAUAUCAACAAUCGUAUUGAUCACAAAGCAAAGAUCACACUGCAGUUUGGCACAUUACCAAAGGCAAUAACCAAAAGGGAGCCUCGCAGCCAGCUGGACUCCAGUAGUAACCCAUCAUCAGCCGCCUCCUCCACACCUUCCUCUCCAGCACGUUCCCAGCAGAGCAACCCACCCAGUGUCAGCACCACUCCCCCACUCAACACGUCUCCCCAAGGUUCCCAGAACGACAAUUUUCACUUCCCAGAUGUCCCCAAUUCCAAGAAUGCUGAUAAUCAACAGUCUGACUGCUCUGGGUAAAAUGCUCGAGCAGAAUUUGCUUGAUGAAAAAGUGUCUAAAUUAAUUAUUGUUUUUCUUAGAGUAUCGCAGACAGCCGUUACUGCGACGCAAGUAAAAGCACCUGACCAAAACC